ACACACACAUAUUAUUGAAACUUGGACAUUGAAUUGGUAGGUCGAAUCGGUAAAAUUACUUUUUUGUUAGUCUCGAUAACUUUUAAAGAUAAUGGUUCUUGUAGUCUUCUAAUCAUUUUCACUACUAAAAUAAAAAUUGAUAAGUUUAUUUAAACUACAUUAUCGUCUAAUAGAAAAAGAAAAGGUUAAACGCCUUUAAAUGUUAGUUUUAAAUGGAAUAGUUUUCAAUAUAUUAAACGUUAUAUUUUAAAUUGUUUUGUUGUUUUUUUUGCGUAACGUAAAAAAAAAUGAAAGGACCAAUAAACAAACAUAAAACUAUUAACUAGUAUUGAAAAACUACAGCGAAUAGAGAGAGUAUUUACCAUAUAUUAACUUGGUUUUUUUUUGGCACUUUUAGACGUGAAGCAAUAGACACAAAAGGAAAGGAAAAGAGAAGAAAAGUAAAGUGAAAAAGUUUCUUUUGUUGGAAUUCACUUGAAACAAAGAAUUGAAUUGUUAAAAUUAAAAAGAGAAAACAAAACAAUGGAGGAAAAUUGUAGAAAAUACAUAGACGCUGAUGAAGAUCAUUAUGUAUCAAUUGAUAGUUUAGACGAAGAGGAAAGAUACGAAGAUGAUGAAUAUAUUAUGAAAAAACCAAGUGUUGGUAUGCAGGUAUUAUGUAUACCCGUUGCAGCUUUGUGGUGUCUAGUCGGUUAUUGUAUAUUUCGCAUGCAACCUCCGUCAAGUGAUGACGACUAUUAUACGAUAGAAAAAUACGCCUUAAGAAAGCCUAUAAAAAAGAAAUUGAAAAAGAAGGAGAAGAAAGCUAACGAAGUAUUCAUGAAAAGACGUCAGAACGUUGAAGAACUCUAUUCAAAACCACUAACAGGGAGAUCGAGAAAAGCAUCUGCAGCAUCUCUAGAUUCUGCCAAAGAUAGUGGCUAUUCGACUAAAAAUUCAUCUUUAAACCUUCCCUUAAGAUCUGCUUCAAAGUCAGACGAAGAUACCCCAAGUUUACCAGACACAAAAUUAAGAGAUACCUGUAUUAAGAGUAGUCAAGAUAAAUUAGCCGCCCUUGAUGAUUGGCUAGACAGGUCAUUAAAAAAGUCUGAGAACGAUCUCUCAAAUAUAGAUGAAACUACUUUAUUUAACGCUGACAAAGCAGACAAUUCAAAUAUUGAAUGUCAAAAUGAAAAAACUGCAGAAUAUGACGUAAUUGAUUCAUUAACUAUAGUCAGUACGGACACAUUGAACAGACUGGCAAAUUUAAGAAAGUGUGAAAAUGUUGUUUCUGGUUAAAGCGGAUAGAAAAAUAACGCGAAAUAUAUUAACAAUAAAGAAAAGUAAAAAUAUAAAAGAAAAUCCGGUUUUUUUUUAAAAAAAAAAAGAAAGAAAAACAAUUUAUUUACAAACUUUUGUUUUUACUUGAAUUCAAAUGGGAAACUUGUUAUUGUUUUUUUUUUUAUUAUUACUCUUCUUACUUGUUUGUUCUUUUCCUCUAUUCUUUUUAUUUCG